UUAGUCAUGGAUCUCAGACUUGUGAUUCUCGUUCUCUGUCAGAUAUUCGUUUCAGUCUUAUCAGAUGGUUGUAGAGUUGGUGACAAGACAUACGCCCCUGGAGAAAAUUAUACAGCUGAGGACGGGUGCAACAUGUGUAUCUGCACAAACACGAGCAUUUCUGCAUGCACGAAGAAAGCUUGCAUCACCAUACCAACACAGACAAGCUGCGUAGUGGGAAACAACUCGUAUAAUCAUUCAGAGUUAUUCUCUGCCGAGGACGGAUGUAACGUUUGCAGAUGCUUUAACGGAAAACCGAAGUGUACACAUUGGCGGCUGUGUUGGCCAGAAGAGAAGACGCAGUGCACAGUGGGAGACAAGGUUUAUAAGCACAAGGAGAGGUUCAUGGCAGAAGAUGGGUGUAACCGAUGUAAGUGUGCCUACGGUAAAGUCAGGUGUUCAAACUCGUCGCGGUGUCUGUCUCCAGAGUGCAAAGUGGGCGAUAAGACGUACAAACACAGAGAAGUGUUUCUGGCAGAAGACGGAUGCAAUACGUGCACUUGUCGGUAUGGACGUGCUAGGUGCACACGGCGUUUGUGUCAUCCUAAGGAAGAGAAGGUGGAGAAAGUCAAGGAGUAGAUAUCAGUGUGUAGCCAUAUUAUUAAAAUGCCAUUAGAAUUGUU